CGGAGCGCGUGGCGGCCAUUUUGUGGAGAGAGCGCGGGGCCGGCAGCCGCGUCCCGUCUAGUCCCGUCCGGAAGAGCCGCCGCCCGCUGCCGCCGCCAACAUGCUCUCCGCCCGCGUGGCCGCCGCCAUCGCCCGCUCCCUGCCGCGGCAGGCCGGCCUGAUUUCCAGAAAUACCCUGGGUGCAGCAUUUGUUGCUACAAGAAACAUCCAUGCCUCCAAAACAUGUUUUCAGAAAACUGGCACUGCUGAGGUAUCCUCUAUUCUUGAGGAACGUAUUUUGGGAGCUGAUACCUCUGCUGAACUUGAGGAGACUGGCCGCGUGCUCUCAAUCGGUGAUGGUAUUGCCCGUGUGUAUGGUCUAAGAAAUGUUCAAGCAGAAGAAAUGGUUGAAUUUUCUUCUGGACUGAAGGGCAUGUCCUUGAACUUGGAGCCCGACAAUGUUGGUGUUGUCGUGUUUGGUAACGACAGAUUGAUCAAGGAAGGGGAUGUUGUGAAGAGGACUGGUGCCAUUGUGGAUGUUCCAGUUGGGGAAGAGCUGCUGGGCCGUGUUGUAGAUGCCCUGGGCAAUCCCAUUGAUGGGAAGGGUCCUAUUACUUCUAAGACACGUAGGAGAGUUGGCUUAAAGGCUCCUGGGAUCAUUCCCAGGAUCUCUGUACGUGAACCUAUGCAAACCGGUAUUAAAGCUGUGGAUAGCUUGGUGCCAAUUGGCCGUGGCCAGCGCGAGUUGAUCAUUGGUGAUAGGCAGACUGGGAAAACUUCAAUUGCAAUUGACACAAUAAUCAACCAGAAACGAUUUAAUGAUGGAACAGAUGAGAAGAAGAAGCUAUACUGUAUCUAUGUUGCAAUUGGCCAGAAGAGAUCUACUGUUGCUCAGCUGGUGAAGAGGCUCACUGAUGCAGAUGCCAUGAAGUACACUAUUGUGGUUUCUGCCACAGCAUCUGAUGCUGCACCCCUUCAGUAUCUGGCUCCCUACUCGGGCUGCUCCAUGGGGGAGUACUUCAGAGACAAUGGAAAACAUGCUCUUAUCAUCUAUGAUGACUUAUCCAAGCAGGCUGUUGCCUAUCGUCAGAUGUCUCUGCUACUGCGUCGUCCACCUGGUCGUGAGGCUUACCCAGGUGAUGUGUUCUACUUGCACUCCCGUCUGCUGGAGAGAGCGGCUAAAAUGAAUGAUGCCUUUGGAGGUGGCUCUCUGACUGCCUUGCCUGUCAUUGAAACUCAGGCUGGUGAUGUGUCUGCUUACAUUCCAACUAAUGUCAUCUCCAUCACUGAUGGACAGAUUUUCUUGGAAACUGAGCUGUUCUACAAAGGUAUCCGUCCAGCCAUCAACGUUGGUCUGUCUGUAUCCCGUGUAGGCUCUGCUGCUCAGACCAGGGCUAUGAAGCAGGUGGCAGGUACCAUGAAGCUGGAAUUGGCUCAGUAUCGUGAAGUAGCUGCCUUUGCUCAGUUUGGUUCUGAUCUGGAUGCUGCCACACAACAGCUGUUGAAUCGUGGUGUGCGCCUGACAGAGCUCCUCAAGCAAGGACAGUACGUUCCCAUGGCUAUUGAAGAACAAGUUGCAGUCAUCUAUGCUGGUGUAAGAGGUCACUUGGACAAGCUGGAGCCCAGCAAGAUCACUAAAUUUGAGAGUGCUUUCCUAGCUCAUGUUCUGAGCCAGCACCAGGCCCUUCUCUCUACUAUCAGGACUGAAGGGAAGAUCUCUGACCAGACAGAAGCCAAAUUGAAGGAAAUAGUCACAAGUUUCUUGUCUACUUUUGAGGCAUAAACUCACACAGACCAGGCUGUUGUCGUGAUCCCAUGCUGCAGUUCCAUCAAAGAUGUAAAAGUAUGUGUGACUUGAAUGUACAGAUCUCACUGAGAAUAAAAGUUUCCAUGGAAAAAGA